AUAUUAACACUGACGUCAAAGAAUUUUACUAAAAAUGAGACUGCUGGUAGUUGGUUUUGUUCUGGUACUGGCUGCGGUCGGCUAUGCCGAAAUAAGCUCUGUUGAGGAGCUCAGUGGAUAUAACUACCAUAGCAAGGUGGGAAUCCGUGAAGCAGCAAGGAUCAAGAAGUUAGAAGAAUCAGCUUCCACAUCAGGCCAGAGGAUCGUCGGAGGAGCCAUCACUGACAUAUCUGUUGUUCCUUAUCAGGUUGGUCUGGUCAUCCAAAUCCUCUGGGUGUUCACAUCGGUAUGCGGAGGUUCUCUUAUCAGUAGUACCCAAGUGGUCACCGCUGCCCAUUGCUACAGCGAUGGAUCCAUCACCGCUCAGGGCUUCACCGCCGUCCUCGGAUCCAACACGCUCUUCACUGGCGGAGUCCGUAUUGCUUCCAAUGAUAUUGCUGUCCAUCCUCAGUGGAACCCUAGCACUGCUGCUAAUGACAUCGCUGUUCUACGCAUAAGCAGCGUUACUUUCAGCAAUGUAAUUCAACCAAUUGCCUUGCCUAGCGGUGAUGAGGUCAAUAACCUCUUUGUAGAUGAAGUAGCUCUCGCUUCUGGAUUCGGUCUCACAUCUGAUGGUGGUAACAUUGGCUUGACUCAGCGCAUCAGUUCUGUCGAUUUGUCUGUGAUCACGAACGCCGCCUGCGCCGCCGUAUUUGGCCCCUUCGUCCACAACACCAACGUUUGCACCAGCGGCGCUGGAGGCACUAGCACCUGUUCUGGCGACUCUGGUGGUCCUCUUGCUGCCCUCAGCGGCGGCAGACGAGUCUUGAUCGGAGUGACAUCUUACGGAGCUGCUGCCGGCUGCCAACUCGGCUUCCCUGCUGCCUUUGCUCGUGUUACCUCAUACGUUUCAUGGAUCCUCGCUCAGUAAAUUUAUUUUUCAUUAAAGAUUUUUUUAUAUCUUCAGAAUAA